GAAACUUCGACUCCAAGAGCCGCUCGUGAGAGUAGGAGUCUGCAUUAGAAGAAGGUUUCUCGAGAAAGCGCGGCAGGAAAGAAUGGGGAUUGUUGGAGUUAGAGAGCAUGAUUUCGCCCGGCAAUAACGCUGCGCAUGCAGGUGACUUAGUAGCUGAUGUAGCGCUGUUUGAGUUGGGGUAUAUGAAGGGCUUCGACCCAUUUCCGAACACUGACUCUGGCUCUGAGACGAAGGAGAAGGAGCAGGAGAGAGCGGAAGUUGGAGAGGGAGAUGAAGAUGAGGAAAUGGAAGACGGGUAUGAAAUUGGGGAGUACGGGUUUGAAUACCAUUUCGAGUCGCGGUAUAAGAAUCUAUGCAAGGAAUUGUACGGCGAUGAGUUUGAGCAUUGGCAAGAAGAGAACGUAUGGGGAGGAAGAGAAAGAGAGGUGCGUGACAUGACUGCUACCAUGGCAAUCUCCUGUGGGAAUUUCUUUGCGGGCGAGACGGAGAGUGGAGACUCGAAUUUUGAUCGGUUCAAUGUGCUCGUUGAAGAGCUGAACAGGUUCAAGUGUUUGAUUGAUGAGCAGUGUAGCACCCGAGAGGAGAGGGUGAAAAUGUUUGAAGAGAGCGAGGAGGUUGGAGCAAGGUUGGGUCAGAUGAGAGGUAUUGUGAAGGAGACGAGUCACUGGGCCUUCCGUCACAGGACGUGCGGGGGGAAGAAGGUGGAAAUGGCUCUUUCAAGCUCCCCACACGCAACGCCCGAAUGGUGUGGGGUUCAUACGUCUUUGGUGGGGGUGGAAGUGGGAAUGGAUUCAUGAUGUAUUGAUUCAGGAGUAAAAGAAACAAUAUUUGGAACAAAUGUCGUCAAUGUCUCUCAACCUUUUUGAAUUGCAAAGUUGAAGAACAGAAGGCUGAAAAAAGAAUUCGCGAGGCUGAGACCCCACGUUAAAAGGCGACAGGCCCCAUUCGCUCAUCCAAAAAUAGAUGCGUACAGGGGACAAAAAUCAGUGAAAAAGCUACUGCAGGAACAGAAGCUCAGUUCGUGUUCAACAAAAGAGCAACAAGAACUUGAAAUUCAACAGUUCAUGUAGAAAACUUUUGAAUUUGAGUUCCUUAAGGAUCUCGCGGCUCACUUGAAAAAUUUGAUUUGUGUUUCAAGUCUUUGGAAGGAUGGCGGGGAAUCCAGCUGCAGACGCCAAUCUGCAUUCCAU